AGCCGCUUGCUUCUUUUAUAUGUACAAAUUUCAAGCAAAAGUAAUGUACCUCAUCUUUUUAUCGUAAUUCUCUUUUUGUUUAUAAAAAUCCAUCUUUUUCAGUCUUUUGCGGCUAAUUUUCGAAGAAAAGGAAACAUCGAUGGAGGGUGUUUUGUCUGCGACGGACCAGCAGAGUAUGGUGUCUUCCUUUCUUGAAAUCGCGUCCGGACAGACAGCCGAUACUGCUCGUCAGUUCCUUCAGGCCACAAGCUGGAAACUUGAGGACGCUAUUCAGCUUUUUUAUCUAGGAAAUGAAGGUGGGGCUGCUGCACCAUCUUUCUAUCCUUCAGAGCUGGAAAAUGAUGUACCUUUGAAUGAUUCGAACUUAAGAGAAAUCGAAAAGGAUAUUGGAGAUCAAAAUGGGAGACAAGUUGAUGGAGAUGAUGUACGGCCACCUUUACCUGUGAAAAGGGAGGUUCUCUAUGAUAAUACAAUGCUUCAUAGCUCGUCACGUGAAGCUCAGCUUCACUCUAUAGAUCCAUUCCGCAAUUUUGAGGAAGAAAUGAAACGCCCUGGAGUGUGGGAAGUGGACCAAGGUUCUUCCUCUGUGACCAAUAGAGUUCCAGAUAAUCUUGCUUCGUUAUAUCGUGAACCAUUUGCUUUGAUGUUCCUUGGGCCCUUUGAAAAGGUAAGCAGGUUUCUUCUUUGGGGUAAAUCUAUUUCAUUUUUUGCAAGCUGGUUCUUACAGGUUCCAAUUACAAAAUAAUGUACACAGCUAUUA